CUUCUGCUGGCGAGAAAGUACUCGAUGGCCGUGCAGAAGAUGCAAAACCAAGGGGGCCAUGACUCCGAGCAGUCGAGGAACAUCGCACGCAUUCCACGGGUUGCUGCUGUUGUCAUGGGUGAUACAGUGGUCUUCCUGUGCGCCAUCUUGCUUUUACAGCACCGGGCCCUCUGGACAGGUGACCUACACGUGCUCGGAACUUCGGUCUUCGGCAGAUCUCUUGGACAAUUUCAAGCCCAAUAGAACUGCCGGCGAAGGAGGCCGGAUAAAGCUGCUGCUUGAAAACAGCGUGUUUGAACGCGUCCCUCAAGGUCUCUUCGAUGGUCUGGGUGUCUCGACUUUGCAGCUGGAUAACGUCGAGCUGACCGGUAGCUGGAGUCCGACAGAGCCGACUCCUCUGCGCGGCCUGGAGUCCACCUUGCAGAAAGUGGUGUUCAGUCACAAUAGCACCGUUCCCCGCAAUUGGGCCUUCUUCUUCGCGGGCAUGACGGAGCUCGUCGAGAUGGUCUUCUUUGACAUGAGCGGUCUGAGGUUCACGUCCAGUUCACAAGGAGGCCUGCCGAGAACGCUGCGAAAGUUGCACCUGGUUCGGUCGAGCAUCACGAGUGUGGACGACUACUGGCUCUCAUCCCUGGUGGACCUGCAGACGCUAUCGCUGCGUCACGUGAACCUUACGGCGUUCGCGAGAACAAGUGUUGCCAACGGUGGCCGCCAAGCUGGAGACGCUGCUGCUGGAGGACUGCUCGCUAACAAGCUUUCCUUCGGGCCUUGACAAGGGACUCCCAUCACUAAAAUACGUUGGCCUUCAAAAAAAUCAAAUGAUUCAACUUGGCAGCGAUGACGUUAGCCCUCUGAUCAACAAAGGCGUCGUUCUACAGCUUAGAGGAAACCCUUUGAGCUGCGACUGCCACCUGCAGUUUUUGUUUGAAAACUCGAGACGGCAUUCCGUGUAUGGACAAUGCGACGCACCAAAAGCCCUGAAGGGGCGGAGUCUGAGAGCUCUCUCGGAGCGAGACAUAGCACCUUGCGCCAGGCGACAAGCUUCUCAGUCGCUGUAGAUCCAUGAUGUACAUACCCACCGAAAUCAAUAGCUAUAAUAGGUCAUCUUUACUAAGCAAUAAAAAUGUUUUAAAAGUA